GACCAGGUCAUAACCUGGCCGACCGGGCCGCUCGUCCCCACCAGCUCUCUCACUCUCCCCGAGCUCACUCCACUCCUCUCUGCUCUCCUCUGCUUCUGUUUCUUCUUCUCGCGCUCCGGCGACGCCGCGACCAUGCCGUCGUGGCCGAACAGCAACGAGACGUCGGACGACGAUGACGAGUACAUGAGCGAGUUCAGCAGCAUGCAGAUGGAGUACUUUCAAACUCCUGACACUGUGAUAGACCCUAGUUUCUGUGGGCUUGUGACUGAAUCUGACAGAAGGUGCAUCCUGCACAGGCAGAGGGCGGGCAAGUUUGUGGCAUUUGAAGGCACUGACACUGGCAGGAGAUUCAUAGGAUGUGCUACUGAGGUAAUGGACCAAGUUGGUGUGGAUUUGAUUAGCUUGAAUUUCUGCUAUGUAGUGGAAACAGACUGUUUAGUUGCUGUUUUUCUGAAUUUUCCUUAAGUCUGAAAACAUUGGUAUGUCUGAAUACUGUACUUGUAGUAAAGAGCACUGGAAACAUAUGAACCAUAUUGAUGUAUUGUAUUUUUAGUAUAGAACUGACUAGCUAGUGUAGCUUAUAUCAUUAUUGUUUAUGAUUUGUUAUUCUGAAUUUGCUUGUUCACUGUAAAUUUAAAUUGAUUUUCAGGAUGGUGUGA